GUUGUUGUAACUUGAGGAACACUAAAUGUUUUCUUGAGUGCUAUAAAUAGCAUGGAAACUAAAAAGUGGGAAGUGGGUACCAACUAAAUUUAAGCUAUAGCUGGUAGAAGAAGUAACAAUGGAAGUUUCAAAGAGAAGAUUGUUGGCAAUGGUGGUGGUUUUAAUGGUUUGCAACAUUAAAGAAGGGUCUGCAACCAAACAUAUUGUAGGUGGAAGUGAUGGAUGGGAUGAGUCUACUGAUUAUGAUUCAUGGGCUAAAACCCAAACUUUUGCUGUUGGUGAUACACUUGUGUUCAAAUACACACCAGGACUACACAAUGUGGCAGAACUUGGAAGUGAAAAUGAAUACAAAUCAUGUGACACAAGCAAUGCAGCAAAUUCAAUGAGCACAGGCAAUGAUGUUGUAAAGCUAGAUAAAGUUGGGACUCGUUAUUUUGCUUGUGGAACUUCUGGACAUUGCAGUGCAGGAAUGAAACUCAAGGUUAAUGUUGUUGCUGCCGAUAAACAAUCUUCAUCAUCGUCUCCAACUUCAGAUUCAUCGUCAUCUUCUUCUUCUUCUUCGCCUACGUCUUCAUCUUCGACUUUUGGUGUUCUUUCUGGUCUUUAUUUCUUUCCGUUAAUUGUUUCUGCUGUUUUGCCAAUGUUUGGCCUGUAAAUUGCUUCUUUUACAAGAGCCUUUUUUUUGGAGUUCUAUGUAUGUUGCUUUGUACUACUAUUUGUUAUUCAUUUUAUAAAUUUUGAAUAUUACCCAUUUACUAACCCGGGGUCUUUUGAGGGUGAUCGACUGUACAUGACCUCUUUUUCUCCCUAUAUGAAGAGUUUAUAAAAAUAAAUAUGUUAAAUUAUUAAUAAAAUAAAUAUAUUUAC